AUACAAACAACGCAGUGUCCAAAAGACCGGGCCAAGUGCCACAAGUGCCAGAGUUCUUGGUGAAACAAUUUGCACAGUAAUAUAACGAGGAAGGCCAAAUCAUCAAUAUGCCGCUUUCGCAAAUUGUCGGUAAUUUGAGCGUGUGGGCCUCUUUUCCUGCCUUUGUCCUCUACUAUUUGUUCUACAGUUCGUUCGAGUUCAACAAUCCCGAAGGCCGCGUUAGCGACACGACGACAUUUCUAAAUGCUUACGAUUUCAUCGUCAUCGGUGCUGGAUCGUCUGGAUCGGUUGUGGCCAACCGGCUAACUGAGAUGUCCGAUUCGAAAGUCUUGUUACUGGAAGCAGGUGGGGACGAAACAAUUAUCUCAGACAUUCCAGGUGUAGUCCAUCAUCUCCAACGGACCAAUAUUGAUUGGAGUUACAAGACAGUGCCACAAACAGGAUCGUGUCUCGCAUUUAAAGACAACAGGUGCAUAUGGCCCCGUGGAAAAGUUUUGGGGGGCACUUCUGUCCUUAAUUACAUGGUGUACGCCAGAGGAAACAAACAAGACUACGACCAAUGGGAAGCUGAUGGCAAUCCAGGGUGGUCCUAUAAAGACGUCCUUCCUUAUUUCAUCAAAUCUGAAGAUAACAGGAACCCAUAUAUUGCAGCUAACAAGGAAUAUCAUGGAACAGGUGGCUAUUUAACUGUAGAGGAACCGACGUACAAAACACCUUUGCUCGCUGCUUUCAUUCAAGCUGGAGUAGAAAUGGGCUACGAAAACGUGGACUGCAACGCAGCCCAACAGACAGGUUUCAUGGUGGCUCAGGCCACGGGUCGGAGAGGAACGCGAUGUUCAACAGCCAAAGCGUUUCUGAGGCCUAUUCGUAAGCGUCACAAUCUUUACAUAUCGAUGCGCUCUUUGGUUCAUAAGAUUAUCAUCGAUUCAUCAACGAAACAAGCUACAGCUGUUCGAUUCGAGAAAGGAGGACAAAUUUACGAAGUCAGGGCCAAUAAAGAAAUCAUCGUUUCAGCGGGAACGGUCAACAGUCCUCAAUUGUUAAUGUUGAGCGGAAUCGGCCCCAAAGAUCAUCUUAAUUCACUGGGCAUUCCUCUGAUGGCAGACCUACCGGUGGGUGAUAACCUGCAAGAUCACAUCGCCCUUGGAGGAAUGGUUUUCACAAUUAACAAGCCUUUUGGUGUAGUGGAAGCUCGUUAUUACAGCCUAUCCUCGUUACUAAAUUAUACUAUGCAUGGAACGGGUCCUCUAGCAUCGUUGGGUGGGACCGAGGGUGUGGCCUGGGUUAAAACCAAAUAUGCACCACCGGGAGACUGGCCUGAUAUUCAAUAUCACUUUGUGUCCGCCACGCCAGCUUCUGAAAGUGGCCUGUUUUUCCGCUACAAUACCAACAUGAAGGAUAACGUUUGGGAUAAUUAUUACAAACCCAUUAUAAACACAGACAUGUGGCAAUUGAUCCCCACUUUACUUCGUCCUAAAUCACGGGGAACCAUCCGACUGGCCUCUAACGAUCCGUACGCUGUUCCUGUCAUCGAUCCUAAAUACUUCAGCAACAAUGAGGACCUUGAUGUUCUUAUCGAAGGAACGAAAAUCGCUUUAGCUCUGGGUAAAACGGAAGCAUUCCAAUUGUUGGGCACGAAAUUUUACGAUAAAAUCUUCCCGGGAUGUGAGUCUCACACUCCAUGGACGGAUGCUUAUUGGGGCUGUUUCAUCCGUCACUAUUCAUCUGCCAUUUACCAUAUGACUGGCACGUGUAAAAUGGGCCCUUCGACGGAUGCAACGGCUGUCGUCGAUCCGCAGUUGAGAGUCCACGGAAUAAAAGGUCUGCGGGUUGUUGAUUGCUCCAUCAUGCCUAACGUCGUAUCAGGCAACACGAACGUGCCAGCGAUCAUGAUUGGCGAGAAAGCUUCGGACAUGAUUAAAGCGAAAUGGCUGAGACGCAAGACAGACGAAGAAUUACUCCGCAAUUCGAAUGCAAUAGAUGUUGAUCGUGAAGAAAUGUAGAACAUGAAUUCAACUCACGAAACCAUUCUCAAGAUGUUGGCUGUAAUGUUCAUGAAUUUAUCUAUUGUUUCUGCAUUAUCUUUGAUCCUGCUGUUUUUAUGAUCCCUCUUUUAUGAAAAUGUUCAUGCUCAGAAAUAAAACAAAAACUUGAAUCUA